AUGAGCUCAGUUGCCCGGUUUCCUGUUCAUCACUGUUCAUUACUGUGCACAAAGUGGAGUGACGGUUUUGCCCUUCUGUUUUCCCUUCAUUUUUGCUCUUUUGUUGGCUUUUCUCUCUGCUCUCCCCUUGAACUCUUCGGAAAACUCUCGAGGUUGCUCCAUUUUCGCUCACCUCUCCAGAGCUUUCACGCGUCGUUAGCUGCUCAGUCACACAGCGACGGCCAAUUCAUCUCUCCCUCAGUUUUCAGUUGGAGCUCAAAAGUUGCAUAUAUUCAAGAAGCCGUGAAGACCAGGUUUUUUAAACUCCUAGAGGCAGAGGUUUGGGAGUUUAAGGAUUGUGUUCCAAGGUUGGUAUUCUGUGUGUAUAUUGGAGAGAAGAUUGAUUGAGGGCUUUGGUCUAUAAAUGGAAGUAUAAAGUUUAAUAUUUAAUGUAUGUAUAUAUUAAUUGACA